AUCAAUCUCCCACUAGCCUUAACAACUAGCAUCAUCCUAACCCUAUUACUUGUAACAAUUGCAUUCUGACUACCACAGCUAAAUGUAUAUACAGAAAAAUACAGUCCUUAUGAAUGCGGCUUCGACCCUAUAGGCUCAGCCCGCCUACCUUUUUCCAUAAAAUUUUUCCUAGUAGCCAUUACAUUCCUUCUAUUUGACCUAGAAAUCGCACUACUUCUUCCCCUUCCUUGAGCAUCCCAAACAAAUAACCUAAAACUCAUACUAACAGUAGCUCUUGUUCUAAUUACCAUUCUAGCCGCAGGCCUUGCCUAUGAAUGACUUCAAAAAGGCCUAGAAUGAGUAGAAUAA